CUAUAUUAAAGUAUUGAACUUGAUCUACAUAACCCGAAAAAUAAAGUGCCUCACUCUUUCUCUCUCUACAAUGGCCUGCGCCGCGCCAUUUGAGCUAAUGCCACGUUGCUGCCACAGUUCACGGCCCUCUCGCCGGCCCUUUUCCCAUCUGGGCCGAGCUAGUUUCAGGUCAUCGACCCCAUUUUACGGGUCGCGACCCGAUUCGAAAAGCCCGAGCCUUUUUCUCGCGGCCGGCGGAGAAAUUCGACCGCGAGAUCUGCAUGCAGCCUGGCAGAGGCAGGGCGGCGGGCCCGCCGGCGAAAUGCGGCGUCGUGGGUCGGGCGGUUUUCAGGCGAGGUGCGCGGCGGAGGGGCUGGAGAGGGGCCUGUUCGCGGGGCGGCGGGAAGGCGGGUUCUUUCCGGCGGAGCGGUUCAGAGUGGCGGCGCUGGUGGCGGCGGUCAUGUGCCUUUGCAAUGCGGAUCGGGUCGUCAUGUCGGUCGCCGUCGUCCCCCUCGCCGCCAAAUACGGGUGGUCGAGCUCGUUCUUGGGCAUUGUCCAGUCAUCCUUUCUAUGGGGAUACAUGUGUUCCUCAGUUAUUGGAGGAGCUUUGGUGGAUAAAUACGGAGGGAAACGGGUCAUUGCUUGGGGUGCGACUUUGUGGUCCCUAGCAACCCUUUUCACUCCACUCGCGGCAAAUCACUCGGCAGCAAGCCUCUUUGCCGUCCGAGCUUUCUUUGGAUUUGCCGAAGUUUUAAUCCUAAGAUGGUUUCCGACCAAUGAAAGAGCGACAGCUGUAGGGAUAUCCAUGGGAGGUUUUCAGCUCGGGAACUUGGUGGGUUUGGUUUUAACUCCAUUGAUGAUGUCAUCAAUCGGUAUUUCCGGUCCGUUUAUUCUCUUUACAUCUCUCGGACUUCUUUGGCUGAUUACGUGGACACAAAGGGUCGCCAAUGACCCUCACGAAAGCUCUUUUGUAUCUAAAUCCGAGUUACGAUUAAUCCAAGCUGGCAAAUCCAAUUCUUACAUGGCAAAAAAGGGCAAGUUUCCACCACUCGGACACCUUUUGUCGAAAUUGCCAACUUGGGCUAUAUUCUUUGCUAACUUCACUAAUAACUGGGGUUAUUUUGUUCUUCUAUCAUGGAUGCCUGUUUAUUUUAAAACCGUGUUCGAUGUGAACUUGAAGCAAGCAGCUUGGUUUAGUGCUAUCCCUUGGGGAACAAUGGCAAUCUCGGGCUACAUUGCAGGGUCCACAUCAGACUACUUGAUUAAAUCGGGUUUUUCUAUAACAUCAGCAAGGAAAAUCAUGCAGUCGAUAGGUUUUAUCGGGCCAGGAGUUUCUUUGCUUUGUUUGAAUUACGUAAGCAAGCCAACCGUAGCAUCUGUAUUUUUAACUCUAGCCUUGAGCUUGAGCUCGUUUAGUCAAGCCGGAUUUCUACUUAACAUGCACGAUAUUGCGCCACAAUACGCAGGAUUUCUUCACGGUAUUUCUAAUUCAAUUGGAACGCUAGCGGCAAUAAUAAGUACAAUCGGGACUGGGUUUUUCGUGCAGUGGCUAGGUUCCUUUCAGGCAUUCUUAACCCUUACAGCUUGUCUUUAUUUUGCAACAACUAUCUUUUGGAAUCUUUAUGCUACUGGAGAAAGAGUGUUUUAGAUGAAUUAUUUAUAUUUUACACGUUUUUUCGGAAACAGCAACUCUGUUUGUAUAUAAUAAUUUGUUCAUAAAGGUGUACAUAUCUCAGAGAUUAUGUAUACAAUUAUGUACAAAAUAUUAUGUAAAAUGUAGCAUUGCUUGAAAAGAAAAUGGCAAAGCAUGUAGUUGUUACAGUAGAAAGUAGAUGUAUUUAUACCCAUCCAACACACUUUUUUCGCUGUAUUGUGUUUGUUUUUCCAAUUUGUAUAUUUGUAAUCUGUACUAGUUAACGUUAA